AUGGUUAAAUGUAUCAAUUGUCCUAAACAUAUUAAUAAGAAAAAUCCUGGACUGCAGUGUUCAAAGUGUGGAAAGUGGCUUCAUGCGUCAUGUGCUAGCAUUUCAAUUGAUCAGCUGACGGCUCUGUCAGCUACGGAAGCUGUGGACUGGAAAUGUAAAGCAUGUGUAGGCUCGCAGAAACCGAAGCGCCUCUCCUAUAUUAUACCAGACCCUGAUGAAGAUGACGGUGAAACAUCUGAAGCAGAGGGAUCCAUUACUGCUGCUUCGGGAAGAACAAUGGGCAAUAAAAUGCUGCAACCAGUUCUACAACAAUUACGCACUGAAAUAAGAAAUAUUAUCCGAGAAGAGUUGCAACAAACAUUAAAAUAUUAUUCUGACAAAAUUGAUGAAUACAGUGUAAAAAUUAACAACUACGAGACUCACGUAAAAACGCUUGAAAAACAGUGUAUUGAUCUAAAAAGCAACUUAAAAAAUAUUAAUCUUAAAUGUAGCGUACUAGAGAGUAAAAUAAAUCAACUAGAACAAAACCAACUGAUGUGUCAAAUAGAAAUUUGUGGUGUUAAGGAAUCGGCUAACGAAGAUCCGGUAAACAUAGCUAAACAGGUAGCUACCAAGAUGCAGGUAAGCCAAAAUUACAUAAUUAAGGCAUACCGUAAGAGAAAAAAUCGCACUGAGCCUUCAAAUAGGAUAGAACAUUCACCAAUCAUUGUUACGCUGCAAGAUGGAGCACGAGACAUCUGGCUGAAUAAAGCCAAGGAUUUUAAAAUGACAGCGACCGAACUAGGACUGCAGGGUAGCGAUAAGGUGUAUUUACGCGAAUCACUAGCACCUGGGAUUGCAUUUUUAUUAUGGAAGACCAAAGAAGCACUUAAAAAUACUUUCAAAUUUAUAUGGUGCAAAAAUGGCACAAUUCUACUACGCAAGGAAGAAAAGGCAAAAAUAAUCUCCAUACGCACUCUCUUUGAGUUAGAAUCAGUUAUGGCCUCGCAAAAUAAACCUAUUAAUUAG